CGAAAUUAGAACAAUACACUUUGCUGAAGUGACUGACAGAUUGAGCAUAAUAUCCAAAAUACAAGAUGAAUUAUUUUUUUGGCGGCAAAUUUUCAUUGCGAUAACCAAUUGCGACAGAUGAUUUCAGGGUGUAAUUCUUUCUGCGGCCUAUUUCAAAAAGCUCAUACCAAUAAGUUGAGACCUCAUCCUUGACCAUCAUUUCGGAAUAGGAAAAGUCAUCCUUUCUUACUGAGCUCAGCUUCCACAAAUUGCUCCUAUAAGAUUUGGGUUUGGACUGUUUAUUGCUGCUGAAGGUUUUUGUGAAUGCUUGUCAGCCGGAAUUAGGAAGCAGAGUGUUCUUGGCAAGGCUUUAUCAUGGCGGACCCAAUUGAUGUACCAAGGGUGAAAUUGGGAUCUCAAGGACUUGAAGUUUCAAAACUGGGUUUUGGCUGUAUGGGUCUUACUGGAAUAUACAAUGAUCCUAUGCCUGAAGCUGAUGGGAUCCGAAUAUUGAUGGAAGCUUUUAAUAAAGGAGUUACAUUUUGGGAUACUUCAGAUGUCUAUGGUGUGGAACAUGCAAAUGAGUACUUGGUGGGAAAGGCAUUGAAGGAACUUCCUCGUGAAAAAGUCCAGUUAGCUACAAAAUUUGGUAUAUACAAGAUCGAACCCACUCAAAUUACCGUGAAGGGGGCUCCUGAUUAUGUUCGCACCUGUUGUGAGGGAAGUUUGAAGCGCCUUGAAGUGGACUAUAUCGAUCUAUAUUAUAUACAUCGAAUAGACACUACAGUGCCCAUUGAAGAAACUAUGGGUGAACUUAAAAAAUUAGUUGAAGAAGGUAAAAUCAAGUACAUUGGCCUAUCUGAAGCUAGCCCGGAUACAAUAAGGAGGGCACAUGCUGUUCAUCCCAUAACUGCUGUACAACAGGAGUAUUCUCUGUGGACACGUGAUAUUGAAGCAGAGCUAUUACCUGUUUGCAGGGAACUUGGAAUCGGGAUUGUUCCAUAUGGUCCAGUUGGUCGUGGACUAUUUGGCGGUAAAGCUGUUGUUGAAAAUCUGCCUCAAAAUAGUUUCUUGGAAAGACAUCCUAGAUUUACAGGAGAGAACUUUGAAAAGAAUAAGGCUUUCUACUUCAGCUUAUCAAAGUUGGCAGAAAAACAUAAAUGCUCCACUGCCCAACUUGCACUUGCCUGGGUUCUUCAUCAGGGUGAUGAUGUUGUACCUAUUCCUGGAACAACUAAGAUAAAAAAUCUGCAUGAUAAUAUCGGUUCAGUUAAAGUCAAGCUAACAAAUGAGGAUUUGGAAGAGCUCGCUGAUGCAGUGCCAAUCAAUGAGGUUGCAGGACAGAGGAUUGGGGAUACUCUUUUCCGUACAUCAUAUCUCUUCGCUAACACACCACCGCCAAGGAAAUGAACACCAAAUACUCAAUCGUCUGGGGAAAUGCAAAAUCUUCUUAUUCUAAACAUUUCAAUAUGUCAAUAAAAAGUCCUGUUUCUAUGUUGUUAAAUUUCUUAUCUCCUCAUCAGUUUGAUUACGUGCCCUAUUUCAAUAGAAACUUGUUUCGUUGAUGGAGUUUCUUCGUGUCUGGCCUCAAAAGUUCUUUUUGAAAUGGAACAAGUCAGCACAGUUACCUUAGUGGCUGUGUUCCUAUUUCUUUUUCCCCUCCUCCCACAAACUCUGAUGUCAAUCAUGGAACUGUGGGGGGUUUCAAGAGCUCAUUUCAUAGAUUUUUCAAAAGAGAAAUAAGGCCGCGAAAAACAGAUGCAUCGAAGAUAGUGAACUUGCCACAUUGAAACAUCCUAAUGGUAGACCACAAAAUUGUUAAUUCCUCAUUUUUCCCACGUGAUUCAAGAUCCUUCAACCUAAAGCUGGUUUUUCUCCUGGUAACUGGGAGGUUGUUUGUAAUCAAGUAGUGUUUGAACUUGGCCACGGUCCUUCACCCUUCCCCCGUCUGCAAUCUCAGAAGAGUCAGUACUUUUGCAGAUUUCUUGCUCAUGUUUUUAGCAGUUGCCUUUGUCUUUCCAAUAUCCAUUGUACCCUUGCAGAGCAGAACUUGAGCAACCUAGAGAGCAUUAUGAAGACCAUUGUCCAGAGAAACAGGCACUAUACCAUAUUUGAUCCCAAUUUCAGUACUAAAUUAGUAAAUUUUACUUCAGAGGUACUCAAAUUUUUUUAUAAUACUUGCUGUUAUCCUGUCCAAAACCUCUCUUUCCGCAACAUAGUUGACAUGGGAAGCUGUAAGUAGCGGUGUUCCUGAGCCAUCACUGCAAUUCUUGAAGCUGAAUAGGAAAUCUGAUGAGUAUGAUAGCAUUUAUUCAUGCAAUGUCUUGCUUUGCAAUAAUAACAGAG